AUGGCUUUCUCAGUCGGCAUGGGAGGGAGUGUUGUGGGGGAGGUGGAAGUGGUAGUCUUCGAAUUCACUAUCCCAUCCGAAGGAAAGACAAUGCUGGAAGAUGUCGACUCGAAUAUUUACCAGCAGGUAUCACAGAUCAUCAUCUCGACUCUGUUGCCGUUCAUACUAUAUGGGUUAUCCUGCAAACUCUGGUACUUCUACAACGUUAGCACGAAGGACAGUAACUGUGACCUGCCUCUGCCCCCCGGCAGUAUGGGCGUGCCCCUUGUUGGAGAAACCUUGGACCUUAUAUUUGGGGGCAGCAGAUUCUACAAGUCUCGCUGGAAGUCGUACGGGAACGUUUACAAGACGCAUAUCCUCGGACGUCCGACAAUCCGCGUCAUCGGCGCCAAGAACGUCCGGAAAAUCCUGAUGGGCGAGCAUACUUUGGUGACGUCAAACUGGCCGACAAGUACCCGGAUGAUCAUGGGAGAGGGCACCUUGGCCCACUCUGUUGGUGACACCCAUCGCCUGAGACGUAAAGUCGUACUGAAAGCCUUCAGCCAUGACGCCCUGUCCAAGUACGUCCCUUGCGUCCAGGAGGUUGUACAAAAUUCCGUUCAACAAUGGUGCCAACAAGGGUUCGUCUUCGGCUAUCCCGAGUGCAAGAAACUGACAUUUGCUAUUGCAUCAAAGGUGCUGCUUGGGUUCCGUAUCAACGAGAGGGAAACCAGUAACAUGCUCAAUGUGUUCAAUCAGAUGGUAUCCAAUCUGUUCUCCCUGCCCGUCUGCGUGCCUGGAUCUGGCUUGUACAAGGGUAUCAAAGCGCGCGACUACCUCCUGGAGAAAAUUGAAGAAUGCAUUCGAGAAAAAGAGAGUCGAGGGACUGUGAACGAUUUCACCGACGCUUUGGACCUGAUCAUGAACAUUCAGGACGGUGAAGAAAGUAUGAGCCGAAGAGAAGUCAAGGAGUCCGCUCUGGAGUUGUUAUUUGCUGGUCAUGAGACCACAGCCAGUGCCUCCUGCUCGAUGAUUCUUCACCUGGCGAAGAAUCCCGAUGUUGUGGAGAAUGUGACACACGAACUUGCGGCACAUGGGCUGCUGAGGCAAGAUGCCCUCUCCCUGGACCUGGUUGUUCUCAAUAAGCUGACCUACACCAAUAACGUAGUCAAAGAGGUCCUGAGAAUAUUACCGCCUAUUGGAGCGGGAUUCCGGAAAGCUCUGAAAACCUUCGAGAUUGAGGGUUGUCAGAUUCCAAAAGGGUGGACUGUAGCAUACAGUAUACGAGACACACACGAAACAUCAGAGUUUUUCACUGAGAGUGACAAGUUCGAUCCUAGCCGUUGGGAAGCGAAGGCGCCGUCCGAUCUAUUCCACUACCUCCCGUUUGGAGGCGGAAGUCGGGCUUGUGUAGGAAAGGAAUUCGCCAAGAUCUUACUGAAAGUGUUGCUGAUUGAACUGAGUAGAAGCUGUAGCUGGAGGUUGCUGAACGAUUCGCCAACUAUGAAGCGACUUCCGGUGCCCCAUCCAGAUGACGGACUUCCGGUCCAGUUUACAGAGGUGCCGCCUAUGAGACAAAGAGCGUUCACCUUUUAA